GAGACGAGUCCUCUCUAGUGACUGAGCUGCCUGCAUGUUGGCGAGUGGCUUUCUGCCUCCCUCGCAUCUUUGUCUCCUCCUCCAGCGAGGCUCCGGCGCCCCUCACAGGGUCUGCAGCGGCCGCCGCAGCAGUGAAAGCCAAGUCGUGCCCCACACGGCAGCCCGGGGCCGCACCCUCGCUCGGUGGCGGCGCGCAAAGACGCCAGCCGCGCCACGCACUGCCUGCGUCCUGCGCCCGGGCCACAGCGCAUUCACGCCGCCGCGGCGGUCGCUCCGGAGCGGAGCCCGGCCGGCGGGCCGGGUCAGGGUGGGUAGCCCAGUUUGCAGUCGGCUGGAGCUGGCGGCCGCUGCAGCCCUAGCAGCGCGCACACCCCUAGGCUUACGCACCAAACGCCUCCUCCCUGCGCCACGAGGAUGGAGCAGCCAUCCCAACCCAGGACUGGCGCAAGGAAAAUCAUGUGAAGACACAAGGAAAAGACAUUCACUGCCAUCCAAUCAAAACCUAUGGAGUAUUCGGUGCCUGCUACAUCUUCUCCAGAAAGAUAAGAGAAAAAUUCUACUGUUGAAGCCACCCUGCUCAAUAUCACCCUGAAAGAAAGUCACUACAGGCCAACAUUGGAACUCACCUGCCUGUAGAUGAGUAAGAAGGUACCUGUUUCUUUAUCUUGGGUUCCCAAGCAAGGACAGGAAUAAUGAAGAAGGCUGUGUGCUAGCUGCAUCCUUUUGAACCACCCAGGAAGGAAAUCCAGAGUGUGGUCAGAGGCAGAACCCAUGCAACCCUUGGAGUGAAUGAGGAAUGGACUCGUGAUUAUGCAGAGGUUCCAGGAUGAAUCUGGUCGACCUGUGGCUGUCCCGCUCCCUCUCCAUGUGUCUCCUCCUCCAAAGUUUUGUCCUGAUGAUACUGUGUUUUCAUUCUGCCAGUAUGUGUCCCAAGGGCUGCCUUUGCUCUUCCUCUGGGGGAUUGAAUGUCACCUGUAGCAAUGCAAAUCUCAAGGAAAUACCCAGAGAUCUCCCUCCUGAAACAGUUUUGCUGUAUUUGGACUCCAAUCAGAUCACAUCCAUCCCCAAUGAGAUUUUUAAGGACCUCCAUCAACUGAGAGUUCUCAACCUGUCCAAAAACGGCAUCGAGUUUAUUGAUGAGCAUGCAUUCAAAGGAGUAGCAGAAACCCUGCAGACCCUGGACUUGUCUGACAACAGGAUUAAAAGCGUGCACAAAAAUGCCUUCAAUAAUCUGAAGGCCAGGGCUAGGUUUGCCAACAACCCCUGGCAUUGUGACUGUACUCUCCAGCAAGUUCUCAGGAGCAUGGCAUCCAAUCAUGAGACAGCGCCACACAAUGUCAUUUGCAAGACUUCGGUGUUGGAUGAGCAUGCUGGGAGACCAUUCCUCAAUGCUGCUGAUGACGCUGACCUUUGUAACCUCCCUAAAAAGACUACUGACUAUGCCAUGCUCGUCACCAUGUUUGGCUGGUUCACCAUGGUGAUCUCUUAUGUGGUGUAUUACGUGAGGCAGAAUCAGGAGGAUGCCCGGAGACACCUUGAAUACUUGAAAUCCCUGCCAAGCAGGCAAAAGAAGGCAGAUGAGCCUGAUGACAUUAGCACCGUGGUAUAGCAGCCAUGCUGGCCGGCACUAGGAAGGGAGCUUCUGUUGUAGUAGAAUAAGUGGUUCAGUUCUCCCUUCAUUGUACAUGUUUAAAACUUUGUAUUUUAGUUUCUUUGGAAUCAUGCCUCUGUUGAACUUUACACAAAUAAUACAACACUAAUAAUUUUAGUUUAGAUGAUCGUCCCCCAUUAAUUGUGACCCCUGGUUCCUGAGUAACAAACUCUCUAAACAUUAGUUAGACCCAUCUCACUAUUUAAUAAUGAAAUUUAUUUUUUUAAUUUAAAACUGAAUAAAAGCUUAACUUUGAACCAUGGAAAA